AUGGCGGGAGACAAACUGACAGAGUUCGUGUCAAAUUUGAACCCUGAAUUCUUCGCCAGAUCCUUGGAGGCUACCGUGAACUACCCCGGUACACACAUCAACAUCGAACACGACUGGCCGAGUCAGGAACAAGCGGUUCAUAAAAGACUCCAAAAGGAGAGAAUUGCGAACUUGAGCCAUGUGCCGACAAACUAUUUUGAUUAUUAUGACGAGGACACUUCCGAAGAAAGAGCGCCCUUGGUGGAAUUGGAGCAAGACGUCAAGGCGACCAGGGUAGAGAUGGGUCACCAGCUAGAUGACAUGUUACUGUACUGCUCGUUUGAAGGUCGGAAGUGCACACAAAAAUUUCAAGAUUUCACAUUGUUCCAGACAUCAGAUUAUGGGAACUGUUACAAGUUUAAUGAUGCUUCUAACGGUUCAAACGUAAGGAUAGCCAAAAGGACCGGCCAGACGUACGGACUACAGCUAAUUCUGUACACCGAGGUAGAUGAAUACAUCCCAGGCUUGGCCCUUGGUUACGGAAUGAGACUGGCUCUGUCCAUGCACAACACUCUGCCACCAAUCACCUCAGAGGGAAUGUUUAUAUCAGCGGGAGCAGAAACCAGUAUUGGUAUACAACUGACCAACAUAUCGCGCCUUGGUUCUCCUUAUGGAAACUGUUCGAGUGAUGGCGGUGACUCCCUGCUGGCCGAUAUGAAUCUGUCAUACACAAGAACUGCUUGCCAGGAGAUAUGUGAACCGCAUCAGGUGUAUAAUAAAUGUGGCUGUUACCAGCGCGGCAGUGAAGAGAUGUACCCUAACGCUGUCCUCUCCAACACCCGGCCCUGCAACAACUCAGAUAUCACCUGUAUCAACGACAUGAACGAAACCAAACAGAGAAAUUUUGUGAAAGUGAACGUGUUUUAUCGUGACCUGAAUUACGAGACAAUACAAGAGGGUUCCGACUAUCCGGAUUCCAGCUUUUUCUCGGACCUUGGAGGCGCCAUUGGUCUGUGGGUGGGCUUCUCUGUGCUGGGUCUUCUCGAGGUUUUACAGUUUCUCCUCGAGAUCUGCUACGGAUGUCUCAAGCGAAUCAAGAGAAGCGACAUAUCGGCGUCACGUGAUGAAGAAAACUCGACAGACGAGACACCGGAAGUAAAAUACUUCAUGUCUUCGACGAAAACUCUGAGCAAAACUUUCGGUGAAAAGGACGAAGGCAAAUAUUAA